UCUCAUUUCCCCCUCUUCUCCACCUUUGUAGCAGAAGCUCCCAUCUUCUCCACCUACUUACAGAAAACCUCAUAGCCAAACUAGAACUUCGUUCACUCAUUCUGAGUACAAGGUAUGUAUGCAUUUGUUUAGUAUGAUCAUGUUUAAGUAGUUGUGUGUUUGUGCUUCACUAAUUACGCAUCGUUUUAAUUAUGCUAAAUAUUCGGAGUAAAGCUGAAUGUAUAAUGGCUUAUGGUUUUGGAUGUUGUAUGCGAUCAUGAUUUAUUUUCAAUUGCAGACAUGAAUAGAUUUUGAAAGUUCCAGCUUGUUAUUUGAUGGAAUGGUGGGGUGGCAAACUCUCAAAAUGGAAUCGGGUAUGAAGACUGUGAAUCCAGUAAGUUGAAGAUUGAGACUGGAUUCACGUGGCAAGAACUAUAUGACAUUUGUUCAUAGAGGGUUUGUAUGGUGGGACAGACAAGAGGAGGGCUUCGUGAAGAUAAAAUUUGACGCUACUGUUCGUGAUUUCGGUUGGAGGGCUUUUUAUUCUGACGGUUCGCCUUCUUCUUCUCAAACCGGGCAAUAGCGGAUCAGAGGAGCAAGGAGUUUUCUUCUUCUCCGGCCGGUAUUAGAAGACUGUUUCAAGGGAAAUUGCGGAGGUUCGUCUUCUUCUUCUCCAGCCAGUGUGGCAUGACCGUUUCAAGGGAAGCGAUGGCGAUUCUCAAGGAGGGCCAGAAGGUCGCGUCAGAGAAAGAAGGGCGAGGGGUAGUUUGGUUAAGUUUCCCAUUUGAAAUUCAGUUUUGGUGAAUACGAUAAUUUAGCUAUUCGAAUUAGAAGACAAUUAGUAAUUUUAGCAUGACCUUUAGGAGUGGGCAAUGGGCAGGUUGGGUGGGGUUUCGUUUCAAAUUGACCCACCCUUUUACUAGCGAGUUGGAAUAGUUGUGACCCCUAGCGAGUUGGAAUAAUUGUGACCCGCAAUCCACUCACAUUCUUCUGCGGGUCUUGUUGGGUGGGUGUUGGAUGAGUGUGGUUGGGUUGUGGGUUAACCCACAAAAACAAUUCUCCAACUAACCAUUAAGAAAGUUGACUGACAUUUAUAAUAAGUUCAUAGUACAUUAGUAAGACUAUAUCAAUUUAAACACUUAUCACUUUGUCUCAAGUGAUUCCAUGUAGUAUUUGCAUAAAAAAUUUACUACUCUAUCAACCAAUUGUGUAGAGAAACUUACGCAUUUCGUGACUUAGCCACCUACGUGCUCAACGUUUAACAGUCGAGUGACUUAACACAUUAAAUGAUGGGGUUAAUUGCAUGGUUGGUCACUGAGAUUACAAAAAAGGUUCAAGUUUGGUCACUCGAAAUAUUUAAAUCCAUUGGUGGUACUUCAGUUUAUUGAUACCGUUCACGUUUGGUCACUCUCCGUCCAACUCAGUUAACUUUUGCUUACGUGGCGGUCAACUCUAAAAGUUGAUCGUUAAAUGUGUGACGUAGCAAUUUAAAAAUAAUAAAAUUAAAAUUUUCAAAAUUACCAUCUCAUUUUCACUCAUAAUCACUUUUAUUUAAAAUAAAUAAAAAACCUUAAUUUCUUUUAAUUCCCAAUCCAUACCCCACCCUUUGGGCAGAAGGUAAAGUGCCAUCCCUUCUUAUGCCUCCUUUCCCAAUAUCCUGUUCUAGUGAUUGGCCACUUCUGAGAGUUAUGAGAGGUAUUAUUCGAAGGUGGCCUAGAGAAUAUGGGGAGCGGGACAGCAGAGGAAGAUGAGGAAGCUGCUGAUGGUGAUUGGGGGUGAGGAACUUGAAAUGGUCGAUGCGGAGGACUUCCAGAAUGGUGAUGUUACUGCCGUUUUGGAGGGUGGUGAAGCGGAUGGAGACAAUGAUGAGGAAGCUGAUCUUUGGUCGAAGUUUUCCGGCAGUCGCCCAAAACUGAAGAGGAAAACAGGGGGAAAAUCAAGAAGAAAGGAAGAGGAAGGUUCCAUGACCAAUGCAGGAAAAGCAGGCCAAAGCGGGUUGGUUUCCGCUUGUGAAGGAAUCCUCCCAGACGACCGUUGCCAUGACCUGCUGCCCACAAGCACAACCCCAACCCAAAGACACAGCUCAGUUACGUUAGUUAGUGAGUACCCUGAACAACAAACUUCCACUAAUUCCAUUCGAGUUUCUGAACCUCAAAUGCUUUACUUACAUGUUUAUUCUGUCAAGUGCUGGAUCCCCUCUUUUUUGGGAGCUUUUGCUUCUCGCAUCGUUUGCUUUGUUGCCUGAAACGCUGGCCUGGAUAUCUGGUCCCUGGCGGCCACCAGUGCUCGCAGAAGUUACAUUUGGUUGGAGCUGUGUUUUUGCCUCGGUUCAUGGCACUUGAUGCCUGCAAAACCACAUUCGUUAUCAAUAGAUCCUAAGAUCCCCCCACUCUUGGAACUUGCAAUGGAAAAGCACUGCAGAUGGCGGAGCAAUUGGGUCUCAUGCUGGUUCGUAUUUCAAUUUCUAAAUACCAGCGAUGCCAUAAUGCACCACAUUGAACAUUAAUGGUUAGAAGAAAUUAGGGUUUUUUAUUUAUUUUAAAAUAAAAGUGAUAAUGAGUGGAAAUGAGAUGAUAAUUUUGAAAAAAUUAAUUUUAUUAUUUUUAAAUUGUCACGUCACACAUUUAACGGUCAACUUUUAGAGUUGACCGCCACGUAAGCAAAAGUUAUCGGAGUUGGAUGGAGAGUGACCAAACGUGAACGGUUUCAAUAAACUGAGGUACCACCAAUAAAUUUAAAUAUUUCGA